GUCGACUUUGUCCCGUUAGUCAAGGAUGCAGUCACUUGUUGCCCUGGGUAACUCCACACGAUGCUGCAGGAUACGACUUCAUCUCUUGUCCUUGUUUCCUUCUUGUUAUCAGCUUCCUCUUAGUGUUUCUGUAUUCCCUUUUAUUGUUCCUUGGUACUGUUGUUCAUUCUUUUAUAGUUCACAUGUUCUUGGUCUUAGGCGCUGAGAGCGUGCUCCUUAGGAGUGUGAGUAUGUGCUGUACACAUUUUGCAUUAUUAUUAUAUGGUUAUUAUUAUUAUCAUCUCCGCCUGAUAAGGAUAUGUGUGGAUGGUCUUGUUCUGGGGUGUAAGGUGGCAGUAAGUUUGAGGUCUGGUGGUGGAUGAUGGGGCGGGAGGAAUCCGCUCAUAGGGAUGCAUCAAGUCGACCGGUUAGGAAUUUAAAAAGAGGAGUUGGGUGGAGGGUGGGAGAGGGGGAGGAGAAAGAACCUACUCUCAUUUAGAGUUGCAGUGACAGUACUAAGCUGCAUUCCAGGGCAGCAAGAUCUGCACCUGCACUCACAUGCAACAUGAAGUGCAGCUGUGUAUAGAGUUGUACUCCACUACAAGAUGUACACCCAUGUAUUACAUUUACAUUAUAUUUACACCCUGUGCUUCAGUGUAGCAGCUGUACACAAGCGGCGAUACAUUUACACAGAUAUUGGUCUACAGCUGCGCUCCAGUGCAGUCUACAGAAGAUGGAGGCAGUGAUGAAGGAGAGUAGCUUUCACAGGUGAAGCCGAUGGCUUCCUGGCCUCCCAACAUCCCCCCCCCCCCCAGACAGUUCAAAGAACGCUCACCGCGUGCUCACUGUGACAAUAGCCUAGUUAUGUCCCUUGUUCGCAUCUCUUGUAUCUGAGUUUUCUACUUCGUGUAGCAGCUUGUCUCGCAGUGUUGUAUUCUGUCACCAGUCAGCACACCAAACAUAACACUCACUUCUGAGGAAAGCUCUUUUUCCACUCACUGCGUUGCCUGGCAACUCGCAGGAAGCUGCGGAGGCUGACAACACGCCGCACGCUGUCGUCCACAGUUGUUGAAGUGAGGUCGCCACGCUCUGCUUGUCCCGUGCGCACGCGCGCUGAGUGCAAGUUGCUUUCACACGUCGACACGGAGAUAGAGUACGGCGCGACCCCAUGGCCCUGGCCUUGACCUGCAUGACCCUACCCCCUCCCCCCGACCCUGGCUUGUUGCGGUCCGCCCGAUGGUCCCCCUGCUGUACCUGCCUGGUACUCGUGUCCAGGAAAUGCUGACACUUGGCUGUGUGUCGUGUCGAGGCUGGGACAUUAUGUUUGUUUCUGUUUGUUUGUGUCCCUGCGGUGCUUCACCCUGGGGUCGGCUGUGGAUUCCCCUCACACGGCGACAGCGACACCCAUUGGCGACCCUGCGUGCGGCAAAACACGGAGAUAAAUUUAGCCGCAGCCUUGACGGGCAGCAAGGAAAGAACGGGUAUUCCGGAAAUGCCCAAUCAAAAGUCGGGAUUGCCCCUGGCCAGCCAAUCGGCGCGCUGCUAUAGUUUUCACCGCAUGGAUCUUCUCUCCACGUAGGCGCCGUCACUUCCUUUAGUGGCCUCUCUAUUUAUAGCCGGCCAAUGAGGGGCCGCCAGUGAUAUAAAUAUACUGAGACGGACGACCCUUAGGUUGGCAUUCACGACUUCAGACACACAAACACGACACGUGCUCUGGACACUAAUCGGGCAAACCUCGCUUUUCUGGAACUUCACAGUCUUCACACUGUCUUCACACAGUCUUCACAGUCUUCACACUCUCUCCAUCUGGCUACAAGUCGCUGGAGCCGUAGGAAGGAGUGGUUAGCGUGGAGGAGCCGGCCAGAAGAAGUCGAGACGACACUGAAGCAGCCCUCACCAAGUAGCCAUCAUUAGGAAUAUCAAUCAACAACACCUCAGAGGGGAAGCCUGAGCUAAUGUUGGGACCGUUACUGAUGGCGCCAUCUGGCGACACGCGUGCGUCGACCACCUACCCCGGGUGCGCAGCCGAGUCUCUAGAUUCCGAGACGAUCGGUAUUCUGGUCGAAAUGUUUGAUGUCAAAAAAUUCGUCCCAGCGGAGACCGACAACGUGACAACACAAUCGCCGGCUAACAUCCCCUGCCUGGGUUCCUUGCUGCCGACUUUGCCCCACACCAGCCAAACCCUGUCUUCAAAGGGUUGUCUACCCGGCAUGUCACACCCACACCGAGAGAAACAACCUCCCUGGCAGUCACCACCGCGACCUUCCACGGACACAGUGUUCCUGACGCCGCUCGUUGCUGCUUCUCCGCAACCACACCAACAGCACCAGCAGCACCAACAGCACCAACAGCACCAAGACACCCAACAUCCCAAGCCGCUUCCACCUUCAGGUGGGGCAGGUGCUGCAAACGCUAGCGUGUCCAGUCAUCUGUCAUCAACAACCUUCAGGGUUUGUGACGUCGGGGUCAAACCGCCCCUGACCCUACCGAGUGAGCAAGCGCACGGACUGACACAAGAGGAUGGGUGUGGUCAGCAAUGCCGGCUGCUGCAGCAGACACACGCACGAGGGGCGGCCCCCAAAUUUCCUCCCACACCCCGGCGCCGCACCCACCCACCGACAGACGGAAGGGACUCCGACCCCCUGCCCGCAAGACAACGGCCUGGCCUGCAAGCAAAUCCUCCCGACGGCCACAGCGGUGUGCGUCUCUUCCGGUUCCUGCUCAACGAGUUGGAGCGUUCCGAGGGUCCUGACGACAGGGGGAGAGCACUGGCGUGGGUGGACAAGCGGCGGGGGGUGUUCCGCAUCGUCCGCAAGAAGGAGAUCGCCGAGCGGUGGGGCCGGGCCAAGAACAACAACUCCAUGACCUACGAGAAGUUCAGCAGGAGCCUGAGGUAUUACUACAAGGUGCGGCAGCUGGAGAGAGUGGCCAACCAACACCUGGUCUACAAAUUUGGCAGCAAUGCGCACAAAGAAGUGUGGGAUCGUAUCGCCGGCCUCAGCCAGGAGCCCGUGUCACACGUCACUUCCUCACGGGACCAGCAAGCGUCACACACGUCACAGACGUCACGGCCCGCUGCCAGGGAUGGUAGCACAAAGGAAGACCACUCCUCUGGCACCUGGCGUCCUCUCCCAGAGUCCUUCAACACCGUGACGUCCCCUGAGCACCCUAGCAGCAGGCUGGUUGAGCUGAAAUACGAACACAUGGACGCAGAUUUCUCGCAUCAUUCAACAUUUUACUGCCCAGACAGCCAGUCUCUUGUAAAUCCAUCUCUUCCUCAUGCCACCAGGCAUUCCAACUCAAGGAACUUUUUAAACACUAGAGAAAAUCAAUUUGCUGGGCAUCCGUCUGCCUCGCAGUCUAGCACAGUGACAUCACACCAAUCACCGACCAAUCCGAUUUCAUCCAACAAAGCCACAUCGUGGGGAUGUGAGGUGCUGCCUCACUUUUUGCAGGAGAGGCGGGAAGCAGUCAGCCAACAGUCCUUCCAGACUGCGAUGUAUCGCGAACAAUUCUGUGACGCCACGCUUGACAUGCAGACGGCCCCGGCAAAGCGUUACGCAGCGUCACACGCGCCCUUUCUCAUGCCUGCACCAGAACGUCACAAAGUGACGCACAACCCCAACGAUUACAGUCAGCACCUCAUGGCAGACCUCACGAUGGAGUUCUCGUCGUCUGCCAUGUGCACCACCUCGGAUCAGAAGGGAAACAAACCGCUGCAAGAGGAUGCGCUGUCGUCUCCCCUGCUUCUCAAGUGGUCCACCUCCGCCAUGGACACCGAGGUGCAGGUGGAUCUGAGGGGCCUCGUGCCGGACUCCUACGACCUCGACUGUAUUUCUUCGAGCAUUCCAGCGAACUCUAGCAUUCCAAUGGACUCCAGUAUAGCGGUGGACUUUCACAGUGGAGGUCAGGGUGUGGACUGCUUACCUUUCACUCGUAAACCCUCGGCAACUAACCUGGACUUCAAGAGCCACAGUCCACAGGAGACUCAGUGGAGAUGAACUCAGGACGAGUCGUAAACACGCCUGCCAUCAACACACACACACACCCUCCGUGUCCCUCGCCGCUACACGUGAGACACAGCUGUGGCCAAUGGAGUCAGCCAGCUGUGGCCAAUGGAGUCAGCCAGCUGUGGCCAAUGGAGUCAGCCAGCUGUGGCCAAUGGAGUCAGCCAGCUGUGGCCAAUGGAGUCAGCCAGCUGUGGCCAAUGGUGUCAGCCAGCUGUGGCCAAUGGAGUCAGCCAGCUGUGACCAAACUAGACUGCCGGGGACUCCUGAGUCGCCAGGUGCACAAGGUGCUACAGCAGUUGUCGAUGUACAAGUGCUACGCCAGCCGUUCUGUCCGCCAAGCUAGUCAAUACAGCCAACGAAGAGUUGUGCGUGUGAUGUGACGUCAGGUGAUGUUGAAAGGUGUGACGUGCUGUACUGUCAGAGACUUUCACCUGUUUCCUGUGAGGGACACAAGCGUAUGUGUGAUGUACACACACACCUGCCGCAGGUGCAUGACUGCUGUAGGUUUCUCUGGCUUUGAUCUCGUUGGGAACUAAUCCUGUCACACCGCGAUGAUCACGUUUGUCAGUCGUGACGUUGUAAACACCAAUUGCCUGUAAGUCUGGCACCCCUGACCUUUGACAUUCCACUGAUACACUGAUAGAGAAACUAUGAACUUU